AUGGAGCGCGCGUUUCCACCGCUCACCAGCACCAUCUUAGCUUCAACGCAGAGUCCAUGGCAUCAAAGCGAUCACACAUCGUUGCCAUCGGCUACUCAAACCUAUUAUUCGACCUUGGUUUUCCUGAAAACGCUACUUGCUUUCGUUGUGUUAAUAGUGAUAAUUGUGACGAUAGUCGGUAACGCGCUAGUAUGCCUUGCUGUUGUACUGGUACGAAAAUUGAAGCAACCAGCUAAUUUUCUGAUACUAUCCUUAGCGAUAGCUGAUUUCUUUGUGGGAUUGCUCGUCAUGCCACUGGCUCUCGUUGACCUCCUUUUUGCCGAAUGGCCCUUGGGCAGGUCAAUGUGUAAACUAUGGACGACAGCCGAUCUGACGCUAUGCACAGCUUCGAUAGUCAGCCUCUGCGCUAUAUCAGUGGACCGCUAUCUAGUUAUCACCCAGCCGCUAAGAUAUUCAGCUAUGAGAACCACUGCUCGAAUGCUUAUCUACAUUGUCAUCGUUUGGGUUAUAGCGGCUAUUGUCAGCCUGUCGUCACACAUCAUUGCAAAUCUUCUCGACACUGAGCACUCCGACGAUCGAAUAUGUCAGGUGAUCCAGCACUUCGCUUAUCAGAUCUAUGCGACUAUUAUUUCAUUCUACGGUCCAACAAUGAUCAUGCUGAUUCUAUACGUGCAGAUUUGGCGUGCUGCCAAACGAAUUGCACGCGAAGAUCAUGACCAAACCAAGCACAUUCGCAUUGACGUUGAUAAAAAUGGCAACAGUCACGUCGAUCUGAUUCCAAAAACACAGGAAACUAUGAAGAUUGUGAAGAGCGAUCAUCGUGGUUAUUUGCAUCGUCCAAGUACACUUUUUCAUGUCGUAAAAAUGCCACUGAUUCGGCAACAUGAUCGAAGCGAGUGUAAAGCACGGAAGACGUUAGGCGUGAUUAUGAGCGUGUUCAUAAUAUGCUGGCUGCCAUUCUUCUCAUUAGCGUUGCUUAAGUCUUGCAUGGAAAUACAAGUUCCUUAUUGGCUUGAUGUCGUGACGCUAUGGUUAGGAUAUUCGAAUAGCACUUUAAAUCCAGCUAUUUAUUGCAAGUAUAAUAAAGACUUCCGUGUGCCUUUUCGAGAAAUGUUGGCUUGUCGUUGUGCAACGUUGCAGGAUGUGAUGAGACAGCAAAGUUUUACGAGUCGCUAUGGACCACCUGUGUGA